AUGGAAGUGAAGGACUUUCGCCAUAACAAACGUUCACUGGAUCGUAAUGAUAACGACAGGAUCAACAAGGGGUUGUCCUACAUAACAGCGAUCUCCGCUUUAGGCUUCGUGGUUGGGCUUCUGUUCUUCAUCAAGUGGGCCUACGUUUCUCAUCGUCGGAAGAGUCAACGCGAUGCUUUGCAAUCUAUUUGGCGCGACGAUUUCUCUGUUUCUUCUCUACCUCUUUGGAGUCGAAAACGCACCCUCAAAUCAAAAAAGUAUGUGAGGUCUGCACUUCUGGUAGGGCUAUUUGGAUCCCCUGCUUGGGAGACGAGGUAUUCCGCAACUACCAAUAAAGUGUCUAGGAGUAGGCCGCAAAUUGGCUGGCCAGACUCAUUCCCUGCUAAAGAAUCCAGCCAAUAUAAAGCUCUCUCUGUUAAGUCCGUUCGAAAUGCAUUUGUGAACACUACAGACACAAAUCGCGGCACUGGAGAUGUUCAUCAUCUACGGGCAGAUAAUCACAAGCCAGAUGCCUUCUCUGCGACCCCAGAGUUGCCUUUACCUUUGCCGGUCAUGGAAUUGCAUUCUGGAAUGAAACGCUCGAGGCACUCUGAGAACAUGAACAGUCCACGGAUUAUGUGCUGGAAGAAUGCAAUCUUAUCAAAGAAGCACACUAGUUAUCCAUCUGGUCUUUGGAUUGAAAAAUUAUCAAGUGGUCCUAUCGGCAAUCCUCAAACUCCAAGCGCAGAAAGCUCCUUCACGGCAUCGUUCAAUGUGCUUGGUUGCUCUAAGGAUACUGUGUCUGAAAACACAGACCCCCAAACUAGUGACAUACCUCGGUGCUUAGUUUCAAUUGAAUCAGAGGUCGCCUUGCCAAAUCCUCAACAUACAAAUUCCUCCGAACCAAAGUUGGACCAUGAAGAUACAUGUUAUCUCUCCAAAAAUGCUAUUCUCAACACUGGCAAGAAAGGCCUAAAUGUUCAUUUGUCGGGCGGCUUGAUGGAUCUAGAACGCCAGAUACCUCUACCUUGUACAAGUUAUCAAGGCGAUUUACAACCCAUGUCGUUUUGGGUGCCCAAUUUAUCACCGUUUACACUCACCAACGAUACAUCGAAUGCGUUAAACGGCAGUGAAUACCAUAGCGAUAAACGACAGUCUUCCAAGCAGGCGAGAAGUGUAUUACCAGUCAAGGAGAGGUUGCCAAGUCGUAGCCCCAAAAUAGGCCCUUCUCCUCUACGCAGGAUGUUCCUUCCUGCAGACGAUACUGAAGUUAAUGAAACUGACAACACAAGCGCAAUUCCUACCUCCAUUUCAGACAAUAAUAGGCGCACUCAAUUUCCAUGGGCGCAUACAUCUCCAGAAGCAUUGAUCCCAUUUUCUACCAAUCCUAUUAGUUUGAAUGUUGAUGGGGCAAAGCAGCCGAGGAAUAUGGGUAGUACUGGUCUAGGCAUUUCAUCUACUGUCUCCAAAAUAAGUUACAACAAGCCACCAGUGCAACGCUUAGCCUUUGUAAAGGAACCUCGUACAGACUCGGACACAGAUUUGCUUUACUUUCUGGAGGAGUUGGUUCAAGAAACCAGCGAAUGGGAGCCCGACAUGUUUCUUGACGACAACUUCAAGGUCAUGAUAGACAGCUCCAAAUCCUUUGGUCUGUGCGCCCCGACAAGGGUUCAAAGGAGCAAAUCUACCCCGUCAAGGAAACAUCGCAUGUCGUAUGUUUGCUUGGAAGAUAUUCCGGAAGUUGAUAUCACCGAAAAUUCUCAUUCGCCAAAUGCGGACGAAGACCAUCGCUCGUAUUGGUCUGAUGAAGAGGCUGCUGACAGGGACGUAGGGAUUGCCUGUUAA